AGAAGGUGCAGAGGAGAUAUGGUGAUCUUCCAGGUCAGUUGCACAUCUUGGAGAUUGAACGUGGUGACCAUGAGCUCGGUCUCAGUCUGGCUGGUAACAGAGAUCUCAGUGUGAUGAGUGUCUUCGUUGUGGGUAUCACUAACAAUAAGGCUGCAGCCAAAGAUGGGAGGAUACUGGUUGGAGAUGAAUUGAUCGAGAUCAAUGGACAGGUGCUGAGUGGCCGUAGUCACCUGAAUGCGUCCGCCAUUAUAAAAAGUGUCACGACACCUAUUGUCAAAAUUAUACUGCUUAGAAAUGAAAAUAAUAAAACCAAAAUGGCUGUUGGGCCAUUGAAAUAUUCUGCUGUGAACUCCCUCAAGCCAAAGGAAGAAGAGAAGAGCUUGAUAGAGAACAGGCUCUCAGCUGAACACAAUGCCCACAAUCACCAUCAACAGCAGGUCAUACAGAACAAUACAGCAAAUCAAAACUCUAUGCACACAACACUGGAGCCAAGCUCAACAACUCUCACUAUAGAUACAGAGUCAGAGCAGCCACAUUUACCACCAUCAACUCCCCCACUUCUCGAAGAACCCACAGAGCCCCAAGGUGACCCUAAGACUUGUGCCUUGAGAGCAGGCAAAGAGACAAAUAUAGAAAUAGAGAAAGGCAAAGCAGGACUUGGUCUCUCUAUAGUCGGUGGAGCCGACACUUUAUUGGGUGCCAUCAUUGUGCAUGAAGUGUAUGAGGACGGGGCGGCAGCACGUGACGGUAGGCUCUGGGCUGGAGACCAGAUACUACAGGUUGAUGAAACUGACCUAAGGGAAGCUUCUCACGACCAGGCAAUUCAGGCUCUCAGGCAGACUACUGCAGUUGUAAAGAUGACUGUAUAUAGAGAUGAAACACAGAUAAAGGAUGAGGACUUGUAUGAUAUAUUUACUGUAGAACUGCUCAAAAAGCCCAAUAAGGGCCUAGGAAUUAGCAUUGUGGGCCGCCAUAAUGACAAUGGAGUGUUUAUCUCAGAUGUAGUGAAGAUGGGGGCAGCAGAGAUUGAUGGGAGAUUGUUGCCGGGUGAUAAGAUUCUUGAGGUGAAUGGGGAAGAUUUCUCAGAAGUUGCGCAGGAAUAUGCAGCUGCUUUCCUGAAGACUAUAAUGGGUAAGGUUGUGAUAAAGGUUGGUCGACUUAAAGGCUCCAGUUGUUCAUCACGUCGUAACUCUGGCUCUAGUUCCCAAAGUGGAGGAGCAGUACGUGCUGUUCCAGCAAAGGCAGUCAACUCAGCUGGCAAUAAGCCUGUGAGAAGUGCAAGUGAUUGCGGCUCCGAGAAGAGUAUAACUGCCACCUAUGAAGUCACAAAAGAUCCUAGUGGCUCUAUGGGGAUGAGUAUAACAGGGGGUGUGGGGAGUCCAGUGGGGGAUGCCCCCAUCAUCAUUGCCAACAUGAUGCCAGGGGGCCCAGCAGCCAGACUACAGAAAUUUAAGAUCGGUGAUGAGAUUGUUGAGAUCAAUGGCACAUCAACUGAUGGCAUGACCCAAGCUCAAGUGAUUCAACUCAUACAGAACUCACCAAACACUGUCAAGCUCAAAGUAGUGCAAGGUGACAGUAUUGUAGAUAAUGUUCAAGCCAACCAGUCCAACAAAACACCAAUUAUAGAACAAAGCGGUGAUGUAAGAGUCAUUAAGCUGAAGCGAGGAGCAGAUGGCUUAGGUUUUUCCAUUGUCGGAGGUCACGGCAGUCCCCAUGGUGAUCUUCCCAUCUAUGUCAAGACUGUGUUUAACAAGGGGGCAGCGGCAGAGGAUGGAAAUCUUAAACGAGGAGAUAGAAUUUUAUCAGUAAAUGGGGAAUCCUUAGACCAUGUAUCACAUGAAGAAGCAGUCACUAUACUUAAACAAGCCAAAGGAGAGAUUGUGUUAAAUGUGAUGUCAUAAUGUUUAUAUGUGAUGUCAUAAUGGGUUACAUGUGAUGUCACAAUGAUUUCAAUCUGAUGUCAUCAUGGUUUAAAUAUGCAAGACUUGGCCAAGCUUAGCAAUAACCUGGUGGUUGGAGGUACUACGUAUUACUGGUGACAUACAUCUACUAAUGUACUUAUAAAACAGCAUUUGCAAUGCACGGUUGACAAUGUUCAAUGAGUUAUUUGGCAUUAAAUAUCAUAACCCUAUUAUACAGAAAUAGGUGUCAAUUAUUCAUAUUAAUAGCUAUGAAGAAUAUUGAAUUGUUCAUAUUAAAAACUAUUAAGAACAUUAAAUAUUAAAUUUUGAGUCGGAUUAUAUUUGCUGUAUUUAUCAGAUGCAAUCCUGAGCAUAUACAAUACAAGUGGGGGUAUUAUUAUUAUAAGGUUUAUUACAGUCUAUAAAAACUGAAGAGAUAAUUCAUUAUUACACAAAUCAUGUGUUUGGCUAUACAGAGUUCCUUCUGGAAAAGGGAUUACACAUUACAAGCCAGCCUGUAUAUUGUAUCUUUACUAUAAAUCUUCUCUUGUACAGAAAUACUUGAAGAUUUUUAGGAAAGCUAUUCUAUUUCUUUGUUAAAAUUUAAAUCAAUUAAAAAUAAUGAUAACUUUGUGUCAUUAAGAAUUAUUGUGAGUGGCAAUGUAUGAUGCUUAAGAAGCAUUUUAAUAGAUAGCUAUAUGUGUCACAUUUUAUAUGAUGAUAUAAAGAUGUAAAUUUUACUUAUUAAUUGUAUAAAGCAUCAUUGUUAAGAUAUUCAUAUACCAUUACAUACAGGGUGUACAUCAAGUAAUUUAUUCAUCUUCCUUGGAGGACACCCUGUAAUGCUAGACAUAUUAUACAACAUUGACUAUGGGAAGUCAGAAUCAACACUAUAAAGCAUAUUAUAUAGGGUAUUUGGGAUAUAUACACUAUUCUAUCUUCUUAUAUUAGAGUACUAUAAUGUAAACAUUUUAUAUCGAUUCUAAUUGAUUGCUAUUUGAAAAUUAUUAACAAUAUGAUUUGUUUUUUAUUAAUAUUAUACAACUUGGAAUCAUUGAAUGACUUCAUCACCUUUUUGCCAGAAAUUAUGAGAGUGCGUGAAAAAGAAAAUUCUAUUUAAUUCACGAAUUAUAUAUUGUCUGGGUUAUCUAUACUAUAAAUCUGUCAAACAUCCCAUACUUAAUAAGAAUAAGAAAAAACAGAUAUUUCAAGAAGUGGCAUAUUUGGUUUGAGUUUUUAAGUGUCUGAGUAAUCAUGAAAAUAUAUGAUAUUUUGUUCUGUUUGAUUAUUAGCUCAGAGACCUACAGCAUAAACAAUACACCCACACUGUUGAGAAAAAAACAUUGAUUUUUGUGUUCGAAAAAACAGACAUUUUUAUCACUUAGUUUCAUGACCUCAUUUUCUUUUCUAAAUUUUUUAAAGGAACAUUCCUUGCC